GGGGGCAGGGAGCCAGGACUCCUGGGUUCUCUGCCCAGCUCUGGGAGGGGAGUGGGGUCUAGUGGUUAGAGCAGGGGGGGCUGGGAGCCAGGACUGUUCAUCUGAGUCUCAGUAUAGUGACCCCCGCCAAGCAUUAAACAUCCUGACUGAUUUCUUCCACAAUCCAGCCAGGGAGAAUCUGGACCGGGCUCUUCCCUCCCCUGUCCCCAGAGCAGGGCCGGCUCCAGGCAGCAGCUUAACAAGCAGGGAAAAGAUUUGCAUGGUGAUGACAAAUGGAAAAUUGCGGCUAUAAAGCCGGGACUCGCUGUCUGGGCAGGUCACAGGCACCGGAGGAGAGCGGGCAUGGCUGAGAUGCUGCUGGUGGUGCUGUUGUCGGUGCUCUGGGUGGGAUCCCUGGGCCGGGCCCCCCGAUGUCUGGGCGACACCGAGUGCUGUUUGCUGGGGGAGCUGGAGGAGACUGGGGCGUGGCUGAGCGAGGGGCGCCCCCUGGGCUCCCAGAACUGUCACUUCAGCUCCCAGCCUCCCCACGAUGGGGAGGAGUCACGGUGCCAGGGGCGGUCCCACGGGCCCCGCAACAGCCGCUCCAUCGCGCCCUGGAGAUACCGGGAGGACUGUGACAGCGCCCGCUUCCCCCGUCGCCUGCUCCAGGCCGUGUGCCUCUGCCCGCACUGCGUGUCGCUGGCCCCCCCGCACCUCCGGGACCGCCGGGGCAACUCGGUGCCGGUCAACACCACUACCACGGUCUAUUACCGGCGCCCAUGUCCCGGCCGGCCCGAUACCUACUUCCUGGAGCCCCAGCUCUACCCCCUGGCCGUGGCCUGCAUCUGUGUGGUGCCGCAGUCCUGAACCCAGCGGGACCCCAUUGGGGCGCGGGGAUGGGGAGACCCAUGAGGCCGUAAUGGGGUGGGGGGAACUGAGGCAUGAGGGACCCAGGGGAAAACCCAUUGGGAGAAUCCUGGGGGGCUAGGGGGGACCCAGUGGACCCCACUGAGGUGGGGGGACCCCAGAGGGCCCGGGGGGCAGGUGGCAGAGAAAGCCCGAGGGGGCCAGUCGAGGAGGGGGCGACCCAUGGGGAAGGGCAUCCUUGGGGUGUGUUUUGGGGUCAGCCUCUCAUUUGAGCGGACCCAGAAGAGGACUGUGUUUUGGGAGGAAUUUAGAUCUGAUUUUGGAGGGGGCUGCUUGGGGGGGCAAAUCUAACUCCCAUUUUUGGUGUGUCUAUGGGGUGACCCCAGAGCUCGGUUGGGGGGUGAACACCCCCAUUUUAGAGGUGAACUUGGGGGGCCGUUUUGGGGUGAAUGUGAGCUGAGGUGGGGGUGAACCUGGCUGUAGUUUAGGGUGUACCUCCGGCUGAACAUUUUUGGGGAGGCAUUUAGAAUUCCUGCCAAUCCCCCCUUCAUUUUGGGGGUCCUCUCGGCCCCCCCAAAACUGCCGUUACAUUGAUCCCCGUUUAAUCUCUUGAUGGUGUUCAGAGGCUAAAGACCUUGGCUUUACGGGCAAUAAAAGUUUUACAAUGAUCGUAAU